AACCGGUUGUUGCCAUACCAACAUCACAACAAUAAAACUCAAAUUGAUCAAGCAAAGUUUGGUUAGCGUGUUUUCCAAAAAUGAAGAUUGAAGAAGUGAAAAGUACGGUGAAAACGCAACGAAUAAGUGCCCACAGCCACAUUAAAGGUUUAGGGUUAGAUGAGAAUGGUUUCGCGUUGCCAACAGCGGCCGGCUUGGUCGGCCAAGAACAGGCUAGGGAGGCCGCAGGGAUUGUGGUGGAUAUGAUUAGGAGUAAGAAAAUGGCCGGACGGGCUGUGCUUCUAGCGGGUCCCCCUGGGACCGGUAAAACUGCGAUAGCUUUGGCCAUCGCGCAAGAACUGGGUAAUAAGGUGCCCUUUUGCCCCAUGGUGGGGUCCGAGGUUUACAGUUCUGAGAUUAAGAAGACGGAGGUGUUGAUGGAGAAUUUCCGGAGGGCCAUAGGGCUGCGCAUUAGGGAGACUAAGGAGGUUUAUGAGGGGGAAGUUACUGAAUUGACUCCUGUUGAAACGGAGAAUCCUGCUGGAGGGUAUGGAAAGACAGUAAGUCAUGUAAUUAUUGGCCUGAAAACUGCAAAAGGUAGCAAACAACUGAAACUCGACCCCAGUAUUUAUGAAGCCCUUCAGAAGGAAAAAGUCGAAGUAGGUGACGUUAUUUAUAUUGAAGCCAAUAGUGGGGCUGUUAAGCGUCAAGGCAGAUCUGAUGGAUAUGCGACUGAGUUUGAUCUAGAAGCUGAGGAAUAUGUACCGCUUCCAAAGGGGGAAGUUCACAAAAAGAAGGAGGUGGUUCAAGACGUAACUCUCCACGAUUUGGACGCCGCAAAUGCUAAGCCUCAAGGAGGACAAGACGUCCUCUCGAUGAUGGGCCAACUUUUAAAACCAAAGAAAACCGAAAUCACCGAUAAACUUCGGCGUGAAAUAAACAAAGUCGUUGAUAAAUACAUUGACCAAGGCAUAGCCGAGCUAGUUCCCGGUGUACUUUUUAUUGAUGAAAUCCACAUGUUGGAUAUUGAAACUUUUACUUAUUUACACAGAGCUUUAGAAAGUGCCAUUGCACCCAUCGUUAUUUUUGCAACAAAUAGAGGGCGCUGUGUAAUUAGAGGCACUGAUGACAUUGUGGCCCCUCACGGGAUUCCACUGGAUCUCUUGGACCGUUUGGUAAUAAUUCGCACGUUGCCAUAUUCCAGAUCUGAGUUGGAACAAAUUUUGAAAUUGCGAGCUUCCACAGAAGGCUUGGAAAUUGAAGCGGAGGCACUUUCGACUUUGGGCGAUGUGGGAUCGAGAGCCACAUUAAGAUACGCAGUACAAUUACUUACUCCCGCGUCUUUAACGGCCAAAACUAACGGCCGAGAUAACAUUACUAAAGCUGACGUUGAAGAAGUUAGUUCUCUAUUUUUAGAUGCUAAGUCUUCGGCUCGAAUCUUGUCCGAUAACAAAGAAAAAUUUAUGAUGUAACUUUUUAAAUAAACCAUUUUUUGAUA